AUGGAAGAGCCGGGGACAAAGCCGCCGAGCGCUCCUCGCCAGCUGGCCCUGGAGAAGGUGUACCGGCUGGCCGGGGAUGGGGAGCAGACCCUCUCGGAAGGCCAGAAGAGAGAGCACCUGAUGCAGGUGCGCCUGGCCCAGGUGGAAGAGGAGAACCAGAAGCUCUUGGCCCAGCUGGCUGGUGGACAGUCCCAGGCAGACAGGACCACGCGCCAAGAGAGGGAGGUGAUGCUGCGACUCAAGGAGGUGGUGGACCAACAGCGGGACGAGAUCCGCGCUCAGGCCCACGAGAUCCUCAGCAAGAGCCGUGACGUGGAGGCGUUGCAGGAGCAGCUCAGCCGCUUCAUGGCUGUGAACGAGGAGCUGCGUCACAAGCUGGCCAUUGUUCAGGCGCAGUUGAAGAAGGCCCUGGAGGAGAAGGAGGGCCUGGAGAAUGCCCUCUUGGAGACCAGCCGGGAAGGCAACAGGCUGAACAAGGUUCGAGGGGGAAGAGAGCCCUCCAGACCAGGCACGGACCAGGGUGUAGCAGCAGCAGCAGCAGCCCCACCUAGUGAGGAGCCCCCUUGCAGACACCAAGGAGGGAGAUGCUUCUCCAAGGAAGAGCUUCAGCAGAUCCUUCAAGAGCGCAAUGAGCUCAAGACCAGCCUGUUCUUGGUGCGAGAGGAGCUGGCCUAUUACCAGCGGGAGCUGCUUAACAACGAGCGAAUCCCCAGCCUCCUCCUGGCUGCCAUGAAAUCGGCCAUCCGGAAGCAGCAGAAGAAGGUCCGUGCCAAGAUGCUGGGGACGCCAGAGGAGUCGGGGAGUGGUGAGGAAGAGGAGGAAGAAGGGGUGUGGCUGGCUGCACCGGACUCAGACACAGUGGAUGGCCCCGUGGCCCCAUCCAGGAUCAAGAGCUUUUUUGGCCUGUGGUAUCGCAGCAGCACAACCAGCACCAAAGACAGCUCUGCUGAAGCCUGCCCUGCGGCCUGGGAGAUUGUUGAUCCGCAGGAGGCUGGCCCAGAGCAAGUAGAGAAGGCAGAGGAGGAGAGGAAAGUGGCCUGAGUGGAAGCUCCCCCUCUACCCUGGAUGAAAUGGUUGGACCCGCAGAACUGUCAUGUCUGGGCUGGUGAUACGGACGAGUGGCUCCAAAGGGUCUGGGAGACCAGAGUUGCAUCAACCAUCACAGCAGCUGCCUCAGUCCUGGGGAGGAAAGCCUGCAGGCGGCAGGAAGGAGAAGCCAUCUGGGGGGCCAUGUUGUCCCCAUCAAAUCCCAUGCAGCUCACAGUGCCCGGGUGCCUGCAAGAGGCCGCGUUGCCUGCUGUUGCAGCAACAAUAAGCCAUGCCAUCGUUCCCAAGGGGCGUUUUACUUUUGGAUUGAAACACACGAUAAAAUAUGGAUCACUUCGAUGAGCACGGAAGUUGAAUUCGUUCUAUGCUCCGAGCUCCUUGUAAAAGGUCACCUUCAUGUUGCCUGCAAAAGCCACGUCUCAGAGGAUCUGUAUUUCCACAAGUUCUUCAUAAUCCCCUUCCAUGAGCCACUUGCACCAGUUCUUAAAGGCAAAGGUAAAGGUUCCCUUCCUCGAAAGCCAGUUGAA